AUGACGAGAGAACAAAUUCUCAGGCUUGGUUUCGAGUUACCAGAGGGGCGGAAUAUUGGGUACCUCAUCGAGGUUAAGGACCGUUCGAAGCCGCCCAUAGAGGUUGAGAUCUAUCGACCUGUUAUUCCAGAUAACCAGCUCACAGUUAGUGAUCUUGCUUUGGCACCCUUUGUGCAGCAUAUGGGCUUUGCAGAAGAGAUCGCAGAACACUCUGGGGAUCAACAGUGCUUUGACUUCAUCAAAGAGAAGGUGGGGACUUGUAUCAAACAACACAAAUGUGGAAAGGAUGGGGGUCUCCCCGUGCUUCCCGAUCGUGUCAUCUGGAUCGAAGCCAACAAUGCAAGCCGCAUUCAGCUUUUGGAGCCGAAGAACAUUUGUGCACCGUUUAUCGCCCUCAGCUAUUGUUGGGGCCCUGUGGGUCCAAAUACGUAUCUCACAAACGCGCGAAACCUGGAGGCGAGGAAAGCUAGCAUAGAAUUCAAUGAUUUGCCGCCUCUCUUUCAAAACGUGGUCGACGUGGCUCGCUCACUUGGGAUUGAAUACAUCUGGAUAGAUCGACUCUGCAUCAUCCAAGGAGAUGACGAAGACUUUCAUUCCCAGGCGGCGAAGAUGGGAGAGAUCUAUGGAAACGCUACUCUGACUAUUGCAGCGGCCUCUGCUACCACCGAAAAUGACCGUAUCUUGGUUCCAAGGGACGAAAAAUGGUGGCCGUUCGAUCUGAACCUGGAUUUUGAUGGAAUCGGCUCUUUGAAUCUUCGCUUCCGGCGGCGAUCACAUGCCUUGGACACGGAGGCCUCAGGGGGUGAUUAUGGCAAGAUGUCUACUAGAGCUUGGAUCUGGCAAGAACGUCUCCUGGCUGCAAGGACCCUCUUCUUUACUCCUACAGCACUGAGGUUCGAAUGCCGUUGCCAUUCUUUCUGGGAAGGGUUCUGUAAAGGCCGCACAGGCUUGUCUUGGUCCGCCCAACUCGACAACAUUACACACGUUGCUUGGACAAGAUUGGUCGAGGAGUACAUGGGCAGGGAUAUCACCCGACCUUAUGACCGGCUCCCAGCCAUGGGCGCCGUUAUGAAGCGCAUUGAAAAGAGCACAGGAUGGUCGCCUUUCUGGGGUUUGUGGACAAACGCAGUUGCCGAAAGUCUCGUUUGGAAAGCUCGCGCGAGCGGUUCCAGAAACUGUCGAAUGAAUCCAGGCCACUACGCUCCGACUUGGAGUUGGGCCAGUGUGGACGGUCCGAUCUCUUACACAUCUGCCAGACCACGGGGCGAAUUCGAUAAGAAAGAUCCAAUACAGUGGGAUCUGGAAUAUCGGGGUCUUAAUGAGAUUUCAGGCUUGAUCAGGAUAUCUGGUUACAUGAUCCUCGUCGAGCUGGACGGUAUAAUCGAACGCAAUGAGUCUCACGGAAACAGUCCAACCGAGGAAGAGAAAUUCCAGUACAAGUACAAGAUAAAGUGCGAAAAUGACCAAGGCUAUGCAGUUACGCCCGACGUCGCUUUGAAGCCAUGA